AUGCCAUCUUACUACGUGCCCUCGGAUGACCUGCCACUCGCGGAGGCCUCCGGGUCCACCGUCGCCGCCAUCGCGGUCGGCGCUGGGGAGCACACGCUCACGGUCCUGGGCUACUCGCGGCUCAAAACCAUGAACGGCGGCUACCUGGAGUCCAGCGCGUUCAAGGCGGGAGGACACGCCUGGAAGAUCUGCUGCCACCUCAACGGGUCGGUCAAGGAAAACGCCGGCUUCGUCUCGGUGUUCCUCAAGCUCGUCGGCGCCGAGGCCACCGACACCACCGCUGAAGCUGCCGAUGCCGUCGUCGACAAGGAGAACAUCGUCCACGCCGAGCUCGAGUUGGCCCUGGUGCACCACCGAAGCACGCUGAUAAAGCGGCCGUCACACUCGCUCGGCAGACGCGAGGGUCCCUCCGCCUUUCGCGAGAACGUCUCCAUGGGCUACUCGCGGUUCGUGAGCGCCGAGGACCUGAAGCGUUCAAGUUUCCUCAAGGACGACUGCUUUGCCGUCCGGUGCAAGGUCACCGUCGUCCAAAAGUGUGCCGUCAAAGGGGACGUGAGGCCCCGUGGGAAGGCGUUGGCUAGGUUCUUUAGUUGCAUCCGUGGAUAG